GACUCUUUCGGAAACAUGGACUGAAACCAUGCCAGACACAACCCCAACUGAAAACCCUCAUGUCUCUUGCUGGAUGAUGCUAAGAUUCCUCCAAACCCAGAAGACUUACAUCACCACCACACAAUUUCCAGAUGCAUAUCUAUCUGCCUGAAAUGCGACGUGCUGCACGAGUCUCAAACAGUAUACAGCUGCGUCGGAGAGACACGCAUGAGAGCGAGCGAUGUUUUGUGAGAGUGUAACAGUACACAUCACUGUCCUCAUAAGUCACCCAGGCUGUAAGGGCUUGGCUGAGUUGACCGUGAUUCUGCCUGCAUUCGAUCAGUGCACCCCAUGCCGAGGUGCUAUCUCACCGGGAAUGCGCCAUCGAUCUGGUGAGGUGUGGCACGGAUUGUUAUUAUCACGGUUGCGGCACUUCUGGCGGGCAGCUGCCAAAAAUAGCGGCCGGGGCGGGGGGGAGCCCUCUGCUCUGGGCAGCUUUCGGACAGAGCUGGAACAGAAGCCGCGGGAGACCCAGCGAGUGUCACCGUCUGCACGUAACUGGAGUCCAGGUGCUGCACCUCCACUGCAGGAUGUCUCAUGCGAAGCGCUUUGAAGACAUUCCCAUGUCCAAGGCAAUGAGAGGGAUUUGCAAAGAGGAAGACUAUGCCUUUCUGGGCAAACUAGACAAGUCGCAGAACCAGUCGAAGGACACCAAGUGCAUGGAGGAUGAAUGGAGAGGAAAAUAUGAAGACAGAGUGAGACGGAGAGAGGAGAGGGAGAAGAAGGAGCUGGAGAGGCUGAGACAGAUAGAGGAAAUGAGGAAGGAAAGGGAGCAGCAGUGGAAGGAGCACGUGGCAGCGCUGGCCGUGAAACAGGAGGCGACCGUGAAGGAGAGGGCUGUCCGGCUUCGUGACUUCAGGAGUUUCCAGAAGAAGGUUCUAGAAGAGGAGCUGGCAGCAAACAAGAGACUGGAGUGUGAUGGGAUUGAGAAAACUCCUGAAAAUGCAACACAGACCAUUUCACCCAACAUACACGCACAGUAGCAGAGCUACAUUCUAAGGCUAGUUGCCAGCGCUCCUGUUUUGGAUAAUACCUAGACAGCUAUUCAUCCUGUAGAAGUAGGUACAAAAACCAGUUUGUUUUCGUGGUGUAGUAAUCUUAUCUUUGCCAGGUGUACAUAUUUACUUAGAAUUCUAUGUUACACUGUUUGUUUUUGAAAAGACUAACCAACUCAUUUCGUUAUUACUGAGGAGAAAUUGCUAGAACUAGCAGCAUAUCAACUCUAGCUGGACCUGCUGAAAAAAGUCAAAAAUCCCUUUUGAAUUGAAAUGUGUGUGCCCUGCCUACUCCUAUUAAACAGUCGGCUGCUGCAGAGAGAGUCUGUCAGCAACUGAGAGGUAAACACACACUCUUGUCCCAGCACGCCUCAGUCAUUCAGGGACAGAAAUACCAAAAUACCCGCCGUUUCCUGGAUAGUUUUUCCCACACAGCACAGCUCACAAUGGGAUGGGGGGAAGUGAAGGUUGCAAUUUGUUAUAAAUGACGCUUUUAUUAAAGAAUGAAUGUAGGUGUCA